AUGAUCAUACAGCAGGCACUUAACACUUGUUUAUGUUCCAGGAACACCAGUGGAAGCUUCCUGAGUCCGGAGCCACCAUUUGCAGAUCAAGGGGACCAAGUCUCUGCAAUUCAUGAAAGUUCCCCGACUGAACCUCCUGAGGACUACGUGCAGAUUGUGAUCCUGACUACUCUCACAGCCAUCAUCGCCCCAUUUGGGCUGGCAGGAAACACAGUCGUGGUCUGGCUCCUGGGUUUCCGUGCACGGAGGAACCCCUUCUCAGUGUACGUUCUCAACCUCGCAGUGGCCGACUGCCUGUUCAUCUGCAUCAUGAUUAUAUUUUCCCUGAUUUGGGUCAUCAGGUACCUCCACGAUGUCUCUAUUUCCUUCGACGUCAGUUAUAGCCUCAGCAAUCUGAUACUGGCUCCCUAUUUCACAGGCAUCAGCAUCCUCAGCGCCAUUGGCACCGAGCGAUGCCUGUCCAUCCUGUGCCCCAUUUGGUACCGCUGCCGCCGCCCAAGUUACAUGUCAGCUGUCAUAUGUACUCUGCUCUGGGCCUUGGCUCUGAUGCUGACCUUCUUGCAAUGGAUCUACUGUGAGAUCUCCCGGUAUUGGUGUCUGUCAUUUGAGCUUUUCCUUUCGGCCUGGCUGAUUUUCUUAUUUGUGGUUCUCUGUGGGUCCAGCCUGGUUCUGCUGGUGAAGGUGUUCUAUGGCUCCCGGAGGAGGAAGAUGACCAGGCUCAUUGUGACCAUUCUGAUCACGGUGUUGGUCUGCCUGCUGUGUGGCCUGCCCUUUGGUAUUUUUGGGGUCAUAUUACAGGGUAGUCAUACUGUAUUUCUUUAUUUCUGGUCUCUGUUUCUCUCCUGUGUUAACAGCAGUGCCAACCCCAUCAUCUACUUCUUCGUUGGCUCCUUUAGGCAGCGGCAACGACUGAAGCCGACCCUCAGGAUGGUUCUCCAGAGGGCACUGCAGGACAAUCCUGAGAGGGAGGAACCUGGAGGAGCUCCCCCUCGGGUGUAG